AUGAAUUUAGACGAAGAGGAUAGGAGUGGGGGGAAAGAGAAGGACGCAGGGCCAGGAAAAAGCAUCCUCAAACAAAAUCAAAGUUCACAAAUGACUUCAAGCUUUCUAGAAAAUUCAGGUAUUCGCAUUCCCACCAGGAUAAUAACAAAGAAUGACGUUUUAGAUGGUAAUAAUACAACAUCUAGGAUCAACACUUCUAAUCUGCAAAGUAUGGUGAAGAGAAGAGUUUCAUUUGCUCCUGAUGUUACGUUACACAGUUUUACUUUCGUGCCUGAACAGGAUAAUGAAACUAAGGAACCUAGGCGUAGGAAAACUUUAAUCAACAGUCCUACAAAAAGGUCUAACCAAGAAGAACCACUUGUGACGUCUACUCAAAUCGAUGAUGCCCGUACAAACGAAAAAGCAGUGGCAGAAGAAGAUCUCGAUGCAUCCGGAAUGGAAUUAACAGAACCUAUAGUGGCCGUACCGGAUAGCAACAAGGCCUUACAGGAUGAUCUCACAUCAAUGGAGAUGACGGAAAUUUUCCCUCGGAGCAUCAGACUAGAUGAUCCAGAAAUAAGAGGAGAGAAUAGUGAACCGUCUCAACAUACCGAGGAUGUUGAAAACAUACGAGAGGAAACGAUGGAAUUGACAGCCAUGCAUGAUGUGCACAACUAUGAUGCGAUCUCAGAGAAAACGGUAGAGAGUAAAUCAAUAGAUUUUACAGCAUCUGAGUCUAAGCCGUACAUUCCAAACAACAUUAUAGAUAGUUCAAUGAAGUACUCUAACCAUAAUAUGGAAAAUAAUAAUAAUAUAGAGGGGACGUCGAAAUCUUUGAAUAAGAUGAAUUCCUCUCAACCAAUGGAAAUUACAGAGGUUUUCCAUGCUGAUUCACUGAACCCUGUCAAUGUGCCGGGUGAUAAUGAUAUCGGUGAUGACAGUAAUGAAAUGGAACUCACUCAAAUACAGACAAAUUUUGACCGUAAUAGUUACCACAGUGAGGAAUUUUCCAAUGGAAAUCACACAUUGACUUAUAACAAAAGACGUAAAAUAGACUCCAUUUCAGAUUAUGAUGCCGCGGUUACCACACCAGUUAAAAAUUCAAUGUAUAUUAGCGCGGACAACGAUGAUGGCGAUUUAGAGAUGAUGGAAAAAAUGUCACCAAUAACAUUUAGUGACGUUGAUAAUAAGAUCGGAACCAGAUCUAAUCGUACGUCUACGAUGGAAACGGCGACUGUGGAUGCUAAUGUGAGAAGUAACACAGAUGACAGAGAAAAUACGGGAGAUACGGAUGAUGACGAAGCCAAAAAUCUUGAAUCGAUGGGGCUUCCCGAAGCUGGCAAAAUAGAAAAGUCUGAUAUAGCACUACCCACUCACGCCUAUACGCUACGAGAAUUUAUUGAUGAAGUGGGCGUAGGGUUCCUCGAUACUAAACUAAUAGAUGAUUUUGAUAAAAAAGUUAAUUUCCCGCUCAGCAGUUCCAACUUGAUCGAGAAUCAAAGGAUAGAUAGCAUAUUUUCUGCCUACUACAUUGAUAUACCCAUCAUAGAAGUGGAAGCCUUCAGAUGCAAAGAGCUUUGGAGAAGUAUUAAUGAAUCCAAGAAUAAAUUUAAGGAUUUUGAGACUCAAAUUGACCAGUCCCAUCCCCCGCUUUUAUUUCAAGAGUAUUUUUCUUCGAAUGAUAAAAUGAAACAAUUGAUGAGAGACCAGCUGCAAUUGGUCAAAGGAUACUCUAAAUUGGAAGCAGCGAUGGAAUGGUAUGAAUGGAGAAAGAAACAAUUAAAUGGUUUGCAUUUAAUUUUGACGGAAAAUUUAAAUAACUUGAAAGGAGAAUACGAAAAAUUAAAUGGAGAAGUUGAAAAGAUUAACAACAUCAGAGGAAAAAUACGAAGACUUCGUGAAUCAAUAAAGGAAGAAAUACGAUCUUUAAAGAACUCACCGUCUGAUUCUUAUAAACCUACUUUAAUGAACAGAAUCAAAAUUGAGGCUUUUAAACAAGAACUGAUGAAGCAUUCUAUAUCGUUAAGUUCUUCGGAUGAUUUCACCCGAGAAAUGCGUUCUAUCAAAUCUGCUAUUGCUCAGAAAUCCAAUGAUUUAUUAGCCUUAAGAAACGAGAUUGCCUCUAUAGAUAAAAAAAUGGAUAAGCGGAAAAUGUUCACGCGUUUUGAUCUCCCAAAACUACGAGAUAAUCUCAAGAUUUUAGAAUUAUUAACGGGGGUACGCUUUAUCAAAUUUUCCAGAUCAACGCUUUCAAUUGAGUUUCUUCAACUGGAUGGUUUGAGAGUGGAUAUUGAUCUAACAACCUUUAAAAAUAAUCCUUUAAAGUCUAUGAACAUUAUAAAUGGUGACGAUAUGAACCAUACGAGCUCCUAUUUAUUUCUGAUGCUGCUACGGAAUGUUGAAAUUGAAACCAAAGAGAGCCUACUCUCAAACCUUUUCUUUGCCAUGAAAAAGUGGAGACCAUUAUUAAAAUAUAUAAAGUUACUGAAGCUCUUGUUUCCAGUAAAUCUCAUUAAAACUGAACAACAAGAAGUAAUUUUACAGUUCAAGGAUUAUGAUAGGAGAAACAAAACUGCCGUUCUUUACGGUAUAUCCUUUGUAUCAUUUGCUCAGGGUGUAUUUUCGGAAAAUGGCGAAAUUCCAAUGAAGGUCCACAUAACUUCUCAACAAGACUACUCACCGUCACGAGAAGUACUAUCCGAUAGGAUAGUUCGCCGAAUUAGUGGCAUUCUUCCUUCAUUUACUAAAAGUAGAAUACGUUUAGAAUUUACAUAG